CAGUUCUCAAGUGAAAUUUUUUGUCAGUUCUGCCAGAUUCAUGAAUACGUCCGCACAUAAUCGAAGUAAAAAAAUGUAGUUUAGUAAACAGUUUGUAAAUCAAUUUCGUGGUUAAAUAUGCGCGUUCUCCGUCUGUGUUAAUUGUGUUUUUUUCGGUGCUGAAUGCAAAAACAUCGGCUUCAAUGUUUUGUGAUUUUUAGGGUUUUUUGAUGGUAUUUUAAUUUUUUUUGUAACAAUGAGCGAAGAUAAAGAAAUGGGUACGGCGAUAAACGGUGAGACAGCAGUCGUGCCUGAAUCGCCAAAACCGCUGGCGUUCACGAUUGAUUUUGGGGGUGAAAAGAAAGUAGAUCCGCAAAAGCAACAAAACAUCCUGGAGAGGAUACAAAAAAGGCACAAACGGGGCCAGUCGAUGUCCAAAAUAGAAGACAAAACGAUGAAUUGCACUCCGAAACAUCCACUGACAGGCAAUUUACCCAGAAAAUCAAGCUUCCAAUCGGAGGGCUAUUUCUCAUCGGAUGAGAAGACGGAAAGGGCGAAAAGUGCAAUAAAACGCUCAGACCUAACCUUGCAACUGAAAAACGUCGCUAUGGAUCAAAGAAUGACACAGUCGUUUCCUUCCACUGAGCUCUCUAGUAUAAUUAGCCCGGAAGUGGAGUUGAAGGACAUUUCGAGUCCGGAAUUGGAUUUAGUGAGUCCGUUUAGUCCUAGAUUUACGUCGGAAGUUAUGGCGACGGCGUCCAGUUCUGAAAGUGAGGUUAUUGUUAUUAGUGAUGAAAAUUUUGUCAAUGGGGGUGAGUUCGAUUUCGAUCAAUCUGACACUGCCAGUGACGCUGGUACAUACACCUUGGACGCUGAGAAUUACAGUGAGGAGCAGAAGGAGAGGAUGAGUAUCGAUAGGGAGUUUAAAAUUGAGACAAUGUCGGUGCAGCAGAAAACGGAGGCGUACAUUAAAAGUUUGGCGGAGGCUAGGGAGAAGAAGGUGAGUGCUUUGACCAUCAGGGAACACGAUGUGGUUAAAGCUGUGCAAAUGUUGAAAAUGAAUGAGGAGCAUUUGUUGAGGAGAAAUUUUUUACCUCCUCCUUCACCGAAGCCGAAAACUUUAUCUCCUAUUAUGUCACCGACGCAGAAUUUGUCUAUAACGCAAACGAUAGAGGAUAAGCAGUUGAAUAACAGCAGUGAAAAUGAUAGUUUGAAUAAUACGUACACGAGAAUCAUGUUUCCGAGUCCGAAGGCCAAAAACGGGGGCCUCGUGGACUCGGGCAGCGUCAUAUCGGUGACGUCGAGCGGGGCUUUUCGCUCGAAAAACGACAAACCGAAGCGCAAAUGCAGUUUGAGCAAGUCCGAGGUGCAAGUGGAGGCCUUCAUCGACGACAAACCCGUGUUCGGGGAGUUAAAAUCUACGCCCGCGAGAAAUUUAAAUCAGAAACUCACGGUCAACAUCGUCAACGUUCAGAACAUCGAGGUGGGCGGUAGACUGCCGCCCCCGGUCGGCGGGUAUUCGGGCAAGAGCUCCCCCACGAAAAUCCCGUCCCCGAUACACACCAAUCGUCCUAGGAGCACGUCUUCUCAGAAUGUAGAUUUAUCCGAUAGCAGUUUGGAUACGGAGAACAUUCUAAGACCCACGCAGAACUUCAUCAACUCUCUGCAGCAGAGGUUGUCGCUGGAGUCGGAUCCGGAUUCGGAUUUCGAGAGCAAGUACGGGAUGCAGCUGAACAAUACUGCACACCUGCUCAACAAGCAAAGAGCCACGCACAUCAGACACAACUCGCUGGACGAUCGGGCCAUGAACAUCUCGAACAAGUUGGAGCACUUUCAGAGCAAAAACCUGCAAGGUAUUGAUCAAACUUACAGCAACGUGUUUAAUCAAUAUCAGCACGGCAAGGUGAUGCACAAGAUCCAGAAUUCGCCGAACAACUCGCCGAUCAGGCGGUCGAGCAGUUUCACGACGAAAAACCAAAUCAACUCGGCCACGAAAAACACGAACGUGUUACACAGAGAAGUGAAUCUGUGUAAUUCCCCUGUGAAUCUGCAGAGGAUACAGCGUUCUAGCUCCACGGCGAGCAUUAAACCCAACCUGGCUCUAGCUCAGCGCCGUUGCAGCAUAGAGCACCAAAAAAUCGACCGCUCGCAGUUCGGCGACACGGAAUCCAGCUCGGAGGAGGACUUCGAGAAAACCCUGCAAAAACGUCGCGAUCUCGGCAACGUCGCCAGCGCGCGCUGCAACCGCGCGUUCGGGCUGAGGAGGGCGCGCGCCGACGCGGAAAGUUCCACGCCGGAAGCGCGCCGCAAGCUGCCGCAGCCGGAAGCGAGGCACCCGGAGCGCGCCAUCUCGAUGGACCGGAAGCCCGUCAAGACGGAAGUGCAGAGUCGGUAUCUGAUGGGCGUGUCGAAGCGGGCGUCGCCGUCGCCCGCCAAGGAGGUGCCGAAAAGUGUCGCCGUCAAGUUGGCGGGCGGGACGCCGCAGGCCAAGAAGGCGCAGCAGGCGUUUGCGAGGACGGACAGCGGUCGGUUCAGUAUGCGCGGCAGCCCCAAGCCGCCCGCGUCUGCGCAGAAAUCGCUCAAAAAGGACAAUACAGGUAAAAAAUGUGGUGGGACUCGCAGCAACUCGAGCCUCUCCAGUCGAGAGGUGGAAUUCCAGAACUGGAAGCGACGAAAAAGUUACGAUCCGAUGAAGGCGGCCGCAGAAGGCAAACGAAAGCAGGAGAUGGCGAAGCAGCGCGUCACCAUGACGCAGCCCUGCGGCAUGGCCAAUGGCGUCAUGACGCAGUCCUACACGGAAGCCAACCACUCGCAAGACAGCUCGCCAAGUCAUUCCAGCUCAGUUCACAGAUCACAGAGCUUUCACGGAACGGCCGCCUUGGGGCAGUUGAUCAGCUCUGAGGAGGAGGAGGAGGACUUGACCUUGUCCCCCGACGAGGGGGGGCUGAGUCCCCCCACGCCCAGCCCUUGCGAGCAAAGCCCCGUGCGCAACAGCUGGAAACAUGCGCUCCUCUCCAGAAACAACUAUCACUGAAAACACAGGUAUAGUAGGUAUCAAUUGAGCGUCUAAAUUUGGUAACAAGGUUGCGACGAGUGGCCAAACGUAUCUACAAAGAUUUGUGUACAGUAAAGACCUUGUUGUCAACUUUUAUAAGUGGGGAAUUUUAUCGCAAAUGUCAAAAAAUCUUUAUAGUUUUUUGGUGAAAUUCCGAUCACGUUGUUUGUUACCCUACAUAGGCAAAUUGUGACAUAACCGUGGUAUAUCUAAUUGUUAUUUUUUAUUUUCAUAACGACAUUUUUCGUAUGUAUGUAGGUAAUGUAUCUUACAAUAAUGCAUAUUGCAAUUAUUCAGUGAUAUUUUUUGUAGAAUUACUUUUUAUAAUUUUAGCGAAAAUGCGGGAUGUUUUUGUUAAUAUUAUUAGCUUUUGCAAGCUCAAAAACAAGGCCAAAUAUUUUAAAACAAAUCAAGAAGUAACUGCCUUUAAUGCAACAUAUUUUUUCUUCUUUAUUUCGACGCGUAUUUACUGUGAUAUCGUUUAAUAUUAAAUUAAUCUGUCCAUGUGUAAUUAAUAUUAACAUUACCUACCUACCCAACUGCAACUGUGAGCAUAUCACCGUAAUUAUUUUUUUAGUGUAAUUAUUUUAAACAACUGUUAAAUUAUUAUUUUUAAUUGGCAAUUAGCGGUUCUCAAGCCUGAAGCGUGUUUAAAGAAUAAUUGAUUUAAUAAAAAUUUAGGGGUAAGAAUAACCAACCAAAACUUGUGAUUUAUUAAAUGAGAUUAUUUGCUUUAAAUUUUAAGUGCUUGUUAUUUAAUAUGCAUUCAUUAUUAUUAUUAUUGUGAAAAUAGUUGACAGUUAUUUAUAUUUGAAUCUUCAUCUUUUAUAAUGCUUGUGUUAUCGAAAAUUAUUGCUUUAUUAUAAAUAAAAUUAUGUAUACAAUUCCGGUAUUUUUAUUUUUUUAAAUAUUACAUUCUUAACGCGCCGUCCAAUCUGAUCGUUUCACCGUUUAACAUUGGAUUUUCUAUGGCACUUUGAACAAAUUGGGCAAACUCGCAAGGAUCUCCAAGUCUGUGAGGAAAGGGAACGAUUUUUCCCACAACAUUGAGCAUUGCUUCUGGCACGGUUUGUAGCAUUGGUGUCCCAAAAGCACCUUAAACA